AUGCCGUUGAGCUUAUCAAGACUUAGGGGUAUGCUAUGCAUCCCUGAAAACCCUGAAGAUAACUCAAAGGCGGCAGGAUCCAAGUCAGCCAAGGAGUCUCAGCCUGAUAAGACACAGGUUUUCCAAGAGCGACCACGUUCGAGCGAUUCCAACAGCUCUUCGUCGACUAGUGAAACCAAGAGAUCAGACCAGAUCUUGGACGUGCUCAAGAAUUUCAAUUUAAAGAACCUCAGGACCGUCAAAGAUGUUGCCUUACAGCAAAUUGACGGCGAGCCUAUCGACGACAAGACGUAUCUUAUGGAGCGAAUCAUCCAGCUGGCAGCGGAUCUUCCAGUCUCGAGCCGGACUAGUGCUACUCUGACCAAUGCCUUUCUGAACCAGCUGUGGACAGACCUGAAACAUCCGCCUCAGUCAUAUCUGGGAGCCGAUUACAUCUACCGCAAGGCGGACGGAUGCAACAACAAUAUUCUCUGGCCGCAUCUCGGGGCUGCAAAACAGCCCUAUGCGCGAACAGUGCGACCCAGGUUGAUGCAGCCUGUUGCGCGGCCAGACCCUGGGGUCAUCUUCGACAGCCUUCUGGCUCGGAAGAAGUUCAGGCCACACCCCAACAAAAUAUCGAGCGUGCUCUUCUAUGUUGCUUCCAUCAUCAUUCACGACAUCUUCCACACUAACCACGAGGACUACAGCAUAUCCGAUACUUCCUCGUACCUAGACUUGGCUCCUCUUUAUGGCAGUUCUGCCAAAGAGCAGGAGGCUGUCCGGACCAUGCAUGAUGGAAAACUGAAACCCGAUUGUUUCUCGGAUGUGCGGAUUCUCGGCUUCCCCCCAGGCGUCGGUGUGCUCCUCAUUCUGUUCAACCGCUUCCAUAAUCAUGUAGCAGAGAAUCUUGCUCGCAUCGAUGAGAACGGCCGCUUCUCGAGGAUUCUCAAUCCACAAGGGAGACCGAGGCCAGCCAACGCCGAAAAGCUCUAUGACGAAGCUUUGUUCCAGACAGCAAGGCUGAUCACUACUGGACUUUACGUCAAUAUUAUCUUGAAGGACUAUGUCCGAACAAUUUUGAAUCUCAACCGGGUGGACUCGCUAUGGAACCUCGACCCGAGGUCUGAAGAGGGCAAUGCAAUAUUUGGCUACAAGAUCCCUGAAGCCACUGGGAAUUCUGUUUCGGCGGAAUUCAACCUUGUCUACCGGUGGCAUUCUUGUGUCUCCGAGAGAGACGAACAGUGGACAAAGGAUGCUUACACUAAAUUGUUUGGCCAUCAAUCCUCGCUGUCCAUGGGUCAGUUUCUCAGUGCUCUUACUGAGUGGGCCAAGAAAUUAAACCCUGAUCCUGUCGAGCGAGAAUUUGCUGGUCUUCAGCGUCAACCUGACAACAAGUAUCCUGACCAGGAUCUGGCGGCUAUUUGGACUGCAUCUGUCUCGGACAUUGCGGGUAGCUAUGGAGCCUCCCACGUGCCUGCAAUUCUGAAGAAUGUGGAAGUGCUGGGAAUCAUUCAAAGUCGUUCUUGGAAUCUGGCGAGCCUGAAUGAGUUCCGAGAAUACUUCAAGCUCGAGCCCCACAAGACCUUUGAAGAUAUCAAUCCCGACCCCUUCAUCGCCGAUCAGCUACGACGGCUCUACCGCCAUCCCGACAACGUCGAAAUAUACCCGGGUGUUGUGGUUGAGGCAGCCAAGGAGGCUAAGCUACCUGGCAGCGGCCUGUGCACGAACUUCACGACCUCACGAGCGAUCCUUUCGGAUGCAGUCGCAUUGGUUCGCGGCGACCGCUUCUACACCAUCGACUACACCCCGAACAAUCUAACAAAUUGGGGAUUCAAGCAGGCAGACUAUGACCUAGCCAUCAACUACGGCUGCGUCUUCUACAAGCUGGUGCUGACUGCGCUGCCAAACAGCUAUCGACAGAACUCUGUGUACGCGCACUACCCAUUAGUGAUUCCAGAGGAAAACAAGUCCAUCCUGACCAAACUGAAGAAAGCUGAUCUGUACAACUUUGACAAGCCAUCUCCCCUUCCCCAAACUUUAGCACUGAGCUCUGUUGAAGCCUGUAGACUCGUAAUGCACGGUACGUCUGACUUCCGCUCAUCUUGGGAUGCGCUGCCCUUCUCCUCAAUUCAGGGCCUCCAGCAAAGUCGAGAAAGGGGAUCAAUUGUGGCCGAUAAACUGCUCCAAAUUGAAGGACUGCAGGCCGCCGCAGAUGCGUUCUAUAAGGACGCCAUCUCCGCUCUGCUGCGGGACCGUGCAUAUCAGCUCGCAGGAAGUCACCAGGUUGACGUCGUUCGAGAUGUUUUCAAUGUGGCUCAUGCGCAGUUUGCUGCGAAUCUUUUCUUUCUGCCCAUGGGGGGUAAGGGGAGGUCUCACGACAAGUAUGACGAACAAGACGUCAUCUCCCUCCUUUCCGCCAUAUAUGGCUGUGCAAAUGUGGAGCAACCUGCGCGGCGGUUUGCCCUUUUUAAGAAGAAACAGAAAGCGGUCCUGCAAUUUGCAGGGCGCCUGCAAGACGAAGUGGGCAGUGGAAUCAAAGGCAAUUUCAGCCUUCACUCGCACUCGCCAGUACAGCUUCGAAGCCUUGCGGCUCAGGUGAUCCAAGAAGUAUCGAAGAGUGGACUCUCUCCCACCGAAAUCGUGUGGUCUCAACUGCUUCCGUUAGCAGCUUUUGUCUUUGUCAAUCAGUCGCGAGUCUUUGUCGAGGUCCUUGACCACGUUCUCGGUGAAGGUGACAAGAAGACAGAUGUCGCAGAGCUGAAGCAACUGCUAGAUCAAGAAGGCUCAUUAUCAGGCAAAGCUCAGUCCUACUUUCGCGAGGUUUGCAGAGCGCGACCGUCGACGCCGAUCUUCAGAGAGGCAACAUCUUCGCACACGGUUGUCGAUAGAGAGGAACAGCUCCAGAUUUCUGCAGGGCAACGUAUUCUCUGUGACAUGACUGCGGUGAACCGUAACAGCAGUGGAUUACCCGAUGCUGCACCAGGCCAGUCCAUCGACCCGCUUGCAGUAUUUGGCGGCGAAAUAUCCCUCGGGGCUCAGCUGAGUCUUGCAAGUUUGGGAUCUACCCUUUCGAUCCUCUGCGGACUUGAGAAGUUGGACAGAGCAGUUGGGCCAACGGGCCAGGUCAGGCGGCUAAACGAGGGCACGGUGGUGAAUUAUUUGAACGUCGAAGAGAGCAUGGUUCAAUCGUAUCCAGCGUCGAUGAUGAUCAACUGGCAAGGAUGA